CUCAAUUAUCGUAACUAUGUAGUCGAACUCGCUGGCACGUAACUGCGGCCUACUGCGGCCUGCUGCGGCCCACGUAAAAUUCUACUUUCAGUUGAUUGUACUACUCAAGCUUCUCACAAAAUUCUCGUCUGUGAACGCACCUGGUAACCAGGUGCCAUAUAUAAUAAGGAAGAAACGUCGGGGAACAACUAUUUGCUCUCACUGGUGUCAGAGCAGCGAGCCUGCCUGCUAGCUUCAAUCCAUCACUCGCCAUGUCAAGUUAUCUACAUAACUCGCCGCUAGCACAUGUCAUGGUUGUGAAUGGCCUUCGGGCAGCCUGGAUAAUCGUCGUCCUUUGGUAUGAGGUUUACACGUUCGACCAUGUCUUACAUGAUUGUCAGUGGCCCGAUAUCUAUCAGGCCGACGCACCCAACGCGCGUAUUGCACGCGUAUUAGUGGUAGCAGAUCCUCAAAUCGUUGACUACCGCUCGUAUCCCAUGCGUAACUCUCUGAUGAAAGCCUUGGGGCAGUUCAUCAUCGAUCUCAACCUCCGGAGGAGUUGGCACUCAACGAUAAAUAGAGUGCAACCUCACGCCGUUGUUUUCCUGGGUGACCUCAUGGACAACGGACGCGCGACCAUGUCGAAUAGCGAGUACGAUGCAUAUGCUGCACGAUUCUUCGACAUCUUCAAGUUAAGGGAUUUGUCCAUGCCGACAUUUUUUCUUCCUGGGAAUCAUGACCUAGGACUCGGGGAAGAGGUUUCCUUUUCUCUUGAAGCUAGAACGAGGUACACCUCUAACUUUGGACCAUGGAAUCACAAGACUACAAUUGGAAACCAUACUGUUCUGUUCAUUGAUGCAGUCGCCUUGGUCGAAGAAGAUGUUGUCCGCGCAGACCGAGGAUAUUCGUAUGACAACUGGCCUGCAGUAGCAGGAGGAUCCGUGGACUUCGUGAAGCGGUUUGCUGCGCAUGAGCACGCCAGUCCAGUUGUGCUUUUCACGCACAUCCCUCUUGCUCGACCCCUCGAUGCAGACUGCGGUCCGCUGCGGGAACGGGGCACUAUCCGCCAGGGGCAUGGCCUUGGGUACCAGAACACGCUUUCUAAUGAAGCAUCGCAAUUUCUACUUCGCUUACUCGGACCAUCCCUUAUAUUGAGUGGUGAUGAUCACGACUACUGUGAAUAUUCACACCCCUUGCCCUUUCCAUCCGCUUCUGGGUCCACCGCAGCCCGAGAAAUUACAGUGAAGUCGUUUUCAAUGGCGAUGGGGAUACGUCGACCGGGAUUUCAACUUCUCUCGUUGAUUUCAACUGUCCCUGCAAUUGAAACCCUGACCCAAUUGCCAAAUUCACCGCCUUCGCUUCUAGAUACACCUUGUUUCCUCCCGGACCAACUCGGUAUCUAUCUCAAUGUCUACCUCCCUUUCAUUUUACUUUCGGUGCUUAGCCUCCUCGCGUUUAAUAUUUACCGAACGCUCCCCGGGGACAAAAAACGGGCACAGCGCCAGCCAGUGCUUUCUCUUCGGCCCAGCCACAGCUCCUGUCGUACAAAGGACGAUGAGUUAUAUCGACGUUCGGCCGGGCAAAGUGACACGGAAGAUACCGACGAGGAUCCGAUGCUGCCUCUUCCUGUGACUAAACCUGCAGGGCCGGUGCACUCACUCCGCGGCAGAUCCUCGUCUUCUCCCAAUUCAUGGGCCUUCUAUCUUCUAGGGCAGCGAAGACGCAUAUUAUUGUCCCUGCCGUGUUCAAUGACAAACCGCGGAGUGCACGAGGUGGGGCUCCUUCGUGGCUUUUUCAGUGAUGUGGUAGACGUGGCGUGGCCUCCUCUUCUGGCGUUUUGCAUUGCGGCAUGGUGUACGACACACGUCUGAGGUGGGAUGAUGCUCGUUGCUCGUGGCCGGGUGAUACCCUGGCAGAGGAUCGUGAAACGUGGUUUACGACCUAGGUGUGAGCUUCAGCAAGUAAUUUAACUAUCAUAUUAUGCUAAAAUGCAAAUGAUCCCGUAAUCUCCGAACUGACAAUCGUGGACAUCCCUACGAAUGACAAGCAUGCAUGAAAGGGACAGGAUGUGGCAAUCAGCCCAGACUUCCCGUUUUGAUUGACAGAACAUGCGCCCCAGUGCGCGCCCUGAUGAUAGUCGUGUACCUGACAAAGUCCUGCGACCAAAAA